GAGACAUCGAACAACCCAUCAAGCGACACAGUAACCCCAGGAAAUCAGCGGGACCGAGAUCAGGAAGUCAAGGGCCAGCCAAUUACGGCCGGUGCGCCUCGCGUUGAUGGCGAAAGGAUCAAGGAGCGAGGACCGACCGCUCAACUCAGUUCGGCUCCAGCAAAACACUCGAGACACCCAGCUCGGGAUGCCCUGUCCCUAGGGAGGCCGCAGAAGCCCGGCGAGCACCCUGGCAACAUCGCCUUCCGGUCUGCUCUUUCCCCGCCCCCACUUCCGGUUCGGCCGUCUGCGUCAUCGCCUGGCGACUUGCUCUGAGUUUCCGGUAAGGGCCGUCGGGGGGUGCGCUCCCGGUGGAGGGCCGGGGUCGCGGGGGUCGCAGGCCCUGACGUCGGCGUUGCCUCCUGCACGCAGGGUUCGGCUCAGCCAUGGAGAGCGGCGGGCGGCCCUCGCUGGGCCAGUUCAUCCUCCUGGGCACCAGCUCUGUCGUCACCGCCUUCCUGUACUCAGUGUAUCGGCAGAAGUCCCAGGUCGUCCGAGAGCUCAAGGGAGCUAAAAGAAUCCACUUGGGUGAAGACUUGAAGAGUAUUCUUUCAGAAGCCCCAGGAAAAUGUGUGCCUUAUGCUGUUAUUGAAGGAGCUGUUCGAUCUGUUAAAGAAACACUUAACAGCCAGUUUGUGGAAAACUGCAAGGGGGUGAUUCAGCGGCUGACACUUCAGGAGCACAAGAUGGUCUGGAAUCGAACAACCCACCUUUGGAAUGACUAUUCGAAGAUCAUUCACCAGAGGACCAACACAGUGCCCUUUGACCUGGUACCCCACGAGGAGGAUGUGGGUGUGGCCGUGCGAGUGCUCAAGCCCCUGGAUUCCCUGGACCUGGGCCUGGAGACCGUGUACGAGAAGUUCCACCCCUCGGUCCAGUCCUUCACUGAUGUCAUUGGCCACUACAUUAGCGGUGAGCGGCCCAAAGGCAUCCAGGAGACCGAGGAGAUGCUGAAGGUCGGGGCCACCCUCACCGGGGUGGGCGAACUGGUCCUGGACAACAACUCCGUCCGCCUGCAGCCCCCGAAGCAGGGCAUGCAGUACUAUCUGAGCAGCCAGGACUUCGACAGCCUGCUGCAGAGGCAGGAGUCGAGUGUCAGACUCUGGAAGGUCCUGACGCUGGUGUUUGGCUUUGCCGCUUGCGCUGCCCUCUUCUUCAUCCUCCGAAAGCAGUAUGUGCUGUGGCAGGAGCGCCUGCGCCUCAAGCAGAUGGAGAAGGAGUUCCAGGAGCAGGAGGCCCAGCUGCUGAGCCGGGCCAGUCCUGAGGACAGGGAGAGCCUGAAGAGCACCUGCGUCGUGUGUCUCAGCACCUUCAGGUCUUGCGUCUUCCUGGAGUGUGGGCAUGUCUGCUCCUGCACCGAGUGCUACCGCGCUCUGCCGGAGCCCAAGAGGUGCCCCAUCUGCAGGCAGGAGAUCAGCCGGGUGGUUCCCUUGUAUAAUAGCUAACAGUCUUGAAGCCCCCCCAGCUACACUUGAAAGGAACGCCCCCCCCACCCCCCACCCCCGCCCUCAGGGGAUUUUAUCUGGAGGCCUUUAGAAGAGCAGCUGUGCCCUCCAGGUAGGGACGGAGGGAGGUAGGGCAACUGUCCAGAUCUCACACCUCCAACAAUAGGGUGUUGCCUUUCCAACCUGAGAGGGGACCCUUUCCAGCGCAAGAUGAUAAUCAGAGCCCCACCGUGGGUGCGGCAUCCCUUCCCAGGAACCCGAUGAGAGUGUGUGUGAUGGAGAACACCUCAUUGCUUAAGCG